UUUGUAACACUUAAUUUCAGGACAGAAAGAGAAAAACUGGAUAGAGCCAGAAGGAAACUGGCCACUGUCAAUGAAAGUAACAUGUGGUCCAAAAGAGAGCGGUCACAUUCUUUGAGCAGUUUGCGGUAUGAAGAUGAAAGGCCUGCAAAGCGAUCCUUUGAAAGAAAUCAAAUGCACGGUGACUCAUUCUGGAACGAUCACAGUAUGGAUGACAAUGGUGGUAGCUUAUCUCUUCGAUAUGGUUCUCUGAUUCCUGAAUCAAGAUACAGUGACUUGAAAGACACAUAUCGCCGAAGAGGUGGUCCCUAUUAUGGCAGAGAAAGCAAAAACCUCGGCUCCUCGGACCACUAUGAUGUGCCCCUGGGUAGAGUUGGUGAAAGUUCUUCACGGCUUCAUGAUAGAUACAAUGCUCCACUUGACAACAGCUCCAGAUUAGACAUGCACUUGAAUUCCGAUAAAUUUGACAGAAUGGACACUGGCUUUAGAAGAGAUCCAGACCACAUUGUGUAUGAGCCUGACCGUCGAAAUAUGCUGCACAGCAGAGACAUUGACCACAGAAGCGUAUCAGCCCAUAACCGUCUUGGCAGAAUGAGAAACUCUCCAGGUAAAACCUCCCCACUUUAUAUAAUCUCUCUCGCACACCUCUUUUAUUCUUUCUUUUACUUGUUUCAGUCAUUUGACUGCUACCAUGCUGGAGCACUGCUUUUAGUCAAUGAAAUUAUCCCCAGGACUUAUUCUUUGUAAGCCUAGUACUUAUUCUAUCGGUUUCUUUUGCUGAACUGCUAAGUUAUGGAGACGUGAACACACUAACAUCAGUUGUCAGGCGUUGGUGGUGGUGGUGGGGCAAACUCA